AUUUGGCACUCUAAUAGUAUUUUUCCAAGGAUUUAUAAUUUUAUAUUUACGAUUCUACUUGAAGGCAAUAUAAUUUCUGUGUUGGCUGUAAGUGUUAAAGUGCAAAUCAACUGAGUCAGACAACUUAUUUUAAGUACAGAAAAACUCUUUUUUUCAUCUGACAGUUAUGUAACGGCACAACAAAAACAUGCAGGUCAAGUGCAUAAUAACUAUAUAAAUAAAAUAUGUGUAAUCUGUUUUAUAAAUAAAUUUAGGAAUGUUUUAAUGAAAACGUAAAAAUAUUAGAACAGACUGUUUGCAAACCAGAACACAAAAUCACAACUUUCAUAAUAUCAGUCUCAAUAAAAAUUUUAACAAGUUUAUUUCUUUAAUUUAUAAGUCAAAUAUCAUAGUCACAUUGUUAAUAAUUAUGUUAUUUGGACAUGUUUUUCUCCACAGAAAAUCCACUGUGUCAAAUGCACUAAGCUGCUCUGACCUAGAAAGUCAGGAAGGAAUUCAGAUUUGAAGAGAUAACAAUUUAAAUAUUCCAGCUGCGGACAAUUCCUGGAAAAGCUCAUGGAGCUCCAUCUUGAAGCAAGAGAAGAGAUUUGCAUCAGCCACAGAACGGACUGGACUGGUUGAGAACGCUAUACACAUAAGUAGACAGGUUUGAGAGUCUGGGGCUGGGUGACUUAUUAUUCAUUUCAAAAUGAAAAUGUAAGCAAAAGUAUUAAAAGUUUUGAUAACAAAAGAGAUGAAAUCCUGCUUUUCAGACUGAAAAUGUGUGCUCUUGGAUUAUGGCAGAAAAAUUCCCCCAUACAUUUGUCAACCUGCUCUGGGACUGAAAACACUCUGUAUUCACAUAUCAUUCACCAGAAUGUAAUUUGGUGGAGAUGAUUUUCCAUCUCUUUCUUUUUUACCUGAUCAAUAUCAGUUCCUCUUUCUCUUGUCAUCCUUCAGGUAACUCAUUUUAUUUACUUGGAUACUUAAUCAAAUAGUGUGUGUGUUUGUGAAGUUCAAAUUAUGAUAGAUCUUUUUUUUUCUUUACUACAGUUGAGUGUUUGUUCACACCUGAUUGUCACAUUUGAAAGUACUUGUUAAUAACAAAAGCUCUCACACAGCCUGAUGUAUGACAUGCAAGACUGACAUGUUGUAGCUUUGUGUUUUUUUUUUUUUUUUUAAGAAAUUAUGGGAAAGUGUUAAAAUUAAGUUGAAGAUGCCUAAGGGUGGAUAAUUCCUGAAUUGUAGAAAUAUUUGUGUAUACUUGUGCAUACAAUCCAAAUAAGUACUAAAUAAAGAAUUGGUAACAUAAUUCUGUUGCUAUAUUUUGCAGUGUCAGUGUAAGUCCACACUGUAAAAGCAUUAGAUGAGAGUAGUUUUUCUUGACAUUGAUCCAAUGUCCUCAACAUAAACAUGAUUUGUACAUAACAGACACAUUUAUAGUCUGAAAUCUGACCUUACUAUUCACACUGAGAGGCUGUGCUGUAAGAGCUGGCAGCAGGAACAGGGAUAUCAGAGGUGGCAACAUGUAAUCGUUCCACGUUCCUCAUCUUUUGACUGUAAUUGGACUGAUACAUUUAUACACCGGCUUAUUUCACCAUUAGAGGGUAUAAAUAGAAUCCUGUGUUAUCACUGGGGAUUGGGGGCUGAAAAGAUGCCGGUGUGGGUUGCUAUUUUUGCUCGUCGUUACUGUGGUAACCGCGGGGCUCUGCAGGCAUCCAAGUGUUUGCUGUUGUUAUUUUGUGCCUCUGCUUCAUAAAACCCCCGUCACCUUUCUCUGUGUGAGAUCAGCAAACGCGAGAGGAUCCGAUUGGCUCAGAUUCACGUUACAUGUAAAAUGUCUCAGUCACCAAAAUACAAAUGUUGCCUUUUCCGUUUAAUGUUGCUGAGCGGAAAACUUCAUACACAAAUGCAGAAUAAUAAUGAGGCUGACAGUAAAAAGAACAAAAAAAAUCUGUUAUUAUUGAUGACAAUUUCCAGUGAAGACCAUAUGAGCUACUAAUGGGAGCAUCUUGCAGAAAAUAUAUCCAGUAAGCUGUAAGAAAUAUCCAGAAAGCCAAACUUCUAAUAUUACACCUAGCUGCUCAAUGUUAAUGCAGGUUAGAUUUUUAUUCCUACUAGUCUAUUUAGAGCAUGUGGUGAAAAGGUGCUGAGCAAAGUUGUAAUUGAGUUGCAGCAAACUUAGGAGGUGAUUUGUUACUCUGCAGCAACUCAAUUUUCUCGCCACAUAGUGAGACUAUAAUCGGUGAGAAGGCGCUUCAGCAGGGAUCCUUCCUAACACUGUCAGACUCCACUGUGUUAGAAACCAGUGCUUCCCUAAAUAUGAGCUGUAAAACUCACAAACUAAGAAAUUUACCCCAUCGUUAUGUAUAUUUUUUACCUGGUCCAUGCUUUACUGCUUUUUGAGAGAAAUAUUAUUCAGUGGCACUAAAAAACAUGUUAUGAAAAUGUGCUAUAUAAAAAUAAACAACCCACUCGAUACUUCAACAAAUGUCUUUAUUGUAAAGAGGAAUGGAAAACCUAUAUGUGUGUAUUAUUUGAUUAACGCAGCUUAACUUGACUGUAGCUACCACGUCAAUCUUCCAAAGGCAGGUUUUAGUUGCUUCAGAUUAACGUAAAAAAACCAAAAAAACAAAAUAAAAUUAACAUGCCAGAACACUUUUCUGAAAUAUGAAUGACCAAUUCAGUUAUAAAAGUUUCUGCUUUAAGAGAAAACCCCCCAUAUUUUUCAUGCUUGUAAUGCAAACUUCUGAGGUGGAAGAAAACAUAGUUUUGCAAAACAAACUCUAAAAAAUAUGAUGUAGAUUUAUAUUUCACAUAAGAAUGAAUGUGUGAGUGCUCAUCUGUUUUAUUUUUAUUGAUAAGAACUGAAAACCAUGUAUAUUAAUAGUCCGUUUCAUCCAGUUUUUAUAAUUAAGACAUGUUGUGUGUGUGUUAUAUUUGUCCAUUUUACAGAUUUCCAUAUUUAAUUGAACACGGCAGAAAUUAGAAACUGAAAAAGGCAAAGGGAAGCUCCGCAACAGAUUCUUAGCAUCUUCCCUCCCAAUCACCGAUAAGCUUCCCAGCCAAAUGAAUUCGUCAGUGAAACCAAAUUAGUUCUUGAGAAGUUUAUAAUGAGAUUUCUGCUCCAAAGUCUUAUCGGGUGUUCAUAAUCUGCCCACUCUAUAAUCAGAGGCGACCAGCAGAUCAGUAUCUCUGAAUGGGCCUCCUGGUGAAAAGCCAACAAUUUACACGUUUAUCUCUUUUGAGAUUCUUCCUGGGUUUUAAUGGCCUGCCCUGACAGGCGGCUUCUUCAUUUAUAAAUCCGUUCUGUCAGAUUUACUUCUACACCAGAUGUAAUGUCAGAAUAUUUUUUCAUUACAGAUUUCAUUUCUUCAACACAGGAAAAAUACCUUCUUGUCCACUGACUGUCUCUUGUAUCUUUAAAAUGUCUUAGAAAGUCUGUGGAGAUUCAGAAAGUAUAGCCAAAAUGGAUGUAUAAGCUAAUAUUUAAUAGAUUUCUGCAAGGAGUAUUUUUAUAAACUCUUUAGCAUUUUUUUAUGUGUCCUCAUGGGAGGCACGUUAUUUUCACAGGUUGUAACCCUCUCACCCAAACUAUCUCCGUAAGACAACAAGAUUUUCUGAUGAGACAAUGUUCGUAAAAUUUCUUUAAAGAUGGUUUUGGAACGGAUGGAGCAGCCAAGCAUCAGGCUUCUGGAAAAUCUCUAUUUCAACCUUAAUAAAAAUAGACAGUAAGUCAGGUUUGAGACAGGAAAUCAACUAAUUUAAAUUCAUUGUGAAAAGACGAGUGGUUAGCCAAAAAAAAAAUUGUGGUUUCUCUGCAAGUUCCUAAAAUAAAAUCAUGCUAUAAUUAGUGAGGAGUGAAUAUAUAUCUUUAUCCCUGUGGAUAUACUUUUCCUUUAUGUGGAUUAGAUCAAAUUGACAAAAACAUUUGCACUAAACAGUAAUUACAGGUUGUUGUUGCAGCAACAGCCAAAAAUAAACAGAAAAUUCAAACUAGUGCAUGUGAACUUUCAGUAUUAGAUGAUUAUAUACAGUGUGUGUGUGUGUGUGUGUGGGUGUGGGUGUGUGUGUGUGUCCUAAUGCAAUGUACCUUUGCGAGAACAGAGAUAGCAAAGCUCAUUAAGUGAAGCAUCUAUCUCUUUGAGUCAGUGUAGCCUCCCUCACUUUGUCCCACAUCUGUCUGCAGAAAAAAGGAUGUGACUCAAAGCCGUCUGGAUUGAUUGGUGACUGUUGGAGCAUCAGGUUUCCCUCUUAUCAGCUGAGAUAUAAUUGAUUUAUGGAGAGCUGGUUGAAUCCAAACAAGGACAUAAGUGUGCUGAUUUAACCACUUAAGACAAAAACAGGAGCACAUAGAGCAGGAUGAUCUGUGAGAACAAAAGAACACGUGAAAAUCCACCUGCAUUAUUCAGAUGCAGCUUUUUUUUCUUUCUCUUUGUUUCUUUCUUCCUUCAUUUUUGUUUUUUUCUGUCUUUCUGUCUUUCUCUCUUUCCUUUUUCUUUCUUCUUCCUCACAUUCGACUAAGACAAAAGCUGUGAUGCAUUGAUGAUAUCAUUUACCAGCCAACAGCCAUGAUCAUCACGUUUCUGUUAGUUUCAUCCUAACUGAUGGCCAAAGUCUGUGCCUCGGAUACAAGUGCAGUCACCAUGGCAACCGGCAUCACCUACAGUAAGGAAGCAUCUAGCCAACCUGUUUUGUUCACUCACAUUGUACAUGUUGUGCCAGCAUUUUAAUAUUGAGGGGAAAAAAUCAGCAUGUUUCUCUAAUCUGACGUGAUGCUAUUGUUAAAUAAAGGUUUUAUCACUUUUAUUUUUUAUCAGUAUAGUUAAACUGUUAGUAUACUGCAGUGGAGAAUUAAUUUUAUUGGCUCUUUUUCCAUUUCUCAUUUAAAAUCUGUUUUAAUUUAGUUGUUUGAUGAUUAAAACUGGCAGCAAUACCAUUUAAUUUAGUUUUAUUUGUCACAAGUCAAAAGCGUAUUUUUUUGAAGCUUUAAAAUAAUUGGCUCCAAAUGUUAGCUUUUGAUUUAACUUUAAACUGGAUUAACAUUUUGUUUUUACAUCUGUAUGGAAGUCCAAAAGUAACAAAAUUACAUAAAAAUUAAGUAAUAAUAAAGUACUAUUUAAAAAUGCCUUUCACCAUUGGGCCACGAGAGGCAGGGUACAGAGUGGACACACACACAGACACAAACUCUCUCUCCGGAGGACAAUCCAGAGUUACCAAUGAAUCUAAAAGUUAUAUUUUUGGAUUGAAGGAAGAACUCAAAGCACCAGUACAGAUCCCAUGAAAGACAUGCACAAGGAGAACAUACAAGCUCAAUGCAGAAAAAUCCCAGUGUGAAUAAUUUAGAAAACAUCUUAAUUAGUUUCUGUAAUGCAAGUAUGUUAUGUUUUUCAUUUAGCAUGACAAAACGCCCCGCUGCAGCCACUGUCUUCCCUCACAUUGACAAUAAAGAAAUUAUUUAUUAGAAAGCUCCCGUUGUCUCUUUAGAGAUGUUGGAAACAGUUUAUUAUGGAGCACCGAAAAUCAAUAGAAAUAUACUGCUUGGUUAAAUAUUUUACACAUGCAAAACUUUGCACCACUACUAUUUUAUGUAUAUUUAUGUGUUACUCAAAUAGAGCCACUGAGGCACAAUAUUAAGAAGAAAACAGAAGGCAUUAUUCUUCCAGUUUUUAAUGUUUGGCUCGCAUUGUUUUCAGUUUCAGUUUAUGUAAAGCAUUGCGUCUGGUUUGUUUUACCAAUCAUCUUGUAGUAUUUAUCUGAAAAAACAAAAGGUUUACUAUCAUUGUCGUUAUAAUUAGUGGGACAUUGUGGCACUGUAUAUAUUUCAAAGCCUACAACUGACUGAAAUCCGCAGGUUGCUGUCCGUGGUGCUGAAGCCUCUCCAAACACACACCUACAUUAACGACAGCCUUUCACUGGAGGUUGCUUUGCGCAUGCGAUGAAGUAAUGCGGGGCCACUUGUUUAAACAGAUGGCCACAUCAAGAGCAGGUAGGCUGCAUACGCAUUUUUAUACAUACACUGAAGACCGUUCGAACCGGACUUGCUGGCUUUAUUUUCCUGCCUGCCCGCCUCCGCUGCUUUGGUUGAACGCAACAGGCUGCAGCACCGAUGUGAUGUCUGUACGCUGAAAAGCCGCACCACCUGUAACUGCAGCCUCCCCACCUCUCUUUCAUCCUCCGGACUCCCCAUGCCGACACCGAGGAUGAAGAAGCAGAACGUCCGGACCCUCUCGCUCAUCCUCUGCAUGUUCUCCUACCUGCUGGUCGGCGCCGCGGUGUUUGACGCGCUGGAGUCCGAGUCGGAGAGCUCCCGCAGGCGCAUCUUGGAGCAGAAGCGCAGUGAGAUGAAGAGGAAGUAUCGCUUCUCCGAGGACGAUUACCGCGAAAUCGAGCGAGUGGUGCUGCAAGCGGAGCCCCACCGCGCCGGGAGGCAGUGGAAAUUUGCUGGCUCCUUUUAUUUUGCCAUUACGGUCAUCACGACCAUAGGGUACGGACACGCUGCACCAGGAACAGAUGCAGGAAAAGUCUUCUGCAUGUUCUACGCUGUUCUUGGCAUUCCUCUCACUCUUGUGAUGUUCCAGAGCCUCGGAGAGAGAAUGAACACGUUCGUCCGCUACCUCCUCCACAAAAUGAAGCAGUGCCUGCGUUUCAGACGCACCGAGGUGUCCAUGGAGAACAUGGUCCUGGUGGGCUUCCUGUCCUGCGUUGGAACACUGUGUGUGGGAGCCGCAGCCUUUUCCCACUUUGAGGGAUGGAGCUUUUUCCAUGCAUACUACUACUGCUUCAUUACUCUCACCACUAUUGGCUUUGGGGACUUUGUGGCCCUGCAGAAGAAGGAGGACCUCCAGGAGAAAACGCCUUACGUCGCCUUCAGCUUCCUGUACAUUCUGGUGGGGCUGACGGUAAUCGGAGCUUUUCUCAAUUUGGUGGUCCUGCGUUUCCUCACCAUGAACACCGAGGAUGAAAGACGGGAUGCUCAGGAGAGAGCUUCGCUGAAGAGAGACAAGGGUCUUUUAGAGGGGCAAACCGGCCUCCGCGUUGUAGGUGAACAGAGGGAGAGGACCAGCAGGGACAGCAUGGUGCACGUCCGCAGCCACAGCACACUCUUCCUCCCCAUGCAGGAGGGAACCAGUCGCACCAACCUCAUCCCUUCCCCAGCUGAGGACACAGAGAGGCAGGAAAGUCCCUGCAGGCACAGGCUGCAUUUUCGGAUCAAGCCAGGAAGACGGAGGGAGGAGACGAGCGUCAGCUCCCUCUGCUCCUCCUGCGUGUGUUAUCGCUCAGAAGUUUGUGACGACCCCGUGGUGAACCGCAGCAAACACCACGGAGGCCACGUUAACUCAGUUUAUUACAACUCAGUCUCCUAUAGGAUCGAUGGCUGCUCGUCGAGAUCCAAGGACAAUACUGGACUCUCCUCCCCUGGAAGCACACUGUCGCCUGAGCACAGCUUCCAGGAGUUCAGUAGUUUAAGGAGGAAGUCGGUGUAAAGGGCAUUAUUGUAAGGGGGGAAAGUUUGCCACGACAGUAAGCUGUAUUUAUUUAUUUGUUAGAUUUUUUCUUUUGCGCAUGACAGAAUUCUGUUUGUUGAAUAAACUGUCUCUUGUAGCUACUGAAUUUGAUUUUAAUCAUAAAGCAAGAAUGUCUUUGCUCCUUGUUACUGUAUCAAUAUAUAUAUGUUGUGGGUUCUGCUGUUUUGCUUGCAUGUAGCAAUGCAUGCUAAAGAGAAUGUAAAGCACUCUAUGUGGAUGCAGGAGAGCUACAUUUAAAGUUGUUGUUUUUUUUUGCCAAGUUUAACACAGAGAUGAAGACUCAAAUCUUUGACUUAAAGACUUUACAUUCUCUGCAAUAACUGAGGAAUCUGUCGGUUUAUUCAAAGAACAAAUUUAGACCAAAUCAAAACAUUUGAAACUUCACAGCAAAGACAAGAGCACAACUCUGUUCUUAAAGUGGAAAUGUUGUUGACAAAACACAACAUUUCCACUUUUUCCUGCUUGUCACUAAUGACAACCAGCUCAAAUUUCAGAUAAAAAAAAGAAAAGAAAAUUAUUUCCACACAAUGUGUUGAGAACUAGCUACAAAACCUCCACCAUGCCAUCCUUUCCUCACAGCUCCACAAGAGAGAAAAGAUUUCUUGGUUUAUGCAGAAUAUGUAACGACGACUUCAGACUCGACUUGCACACGAGGUUUGAGACUCGAGUCUCUUGUAAUGGAGGUGAGCAUUUCACCUGUAGCUCAUUUUAGCAGAUGACUAAUAAUGCUACCUAGUAAAGUUUCAAGUUGGUCUGUUUUGGUUUCAUGCUUAUAAUGUUCACUAUUUAGUUCAGUAAGUAAGACGAUAGCAAAGCUCUGAUGCAAUAGGGUUGCGUUCGAUUAAUUAAUCAUGGAUGUUUGCGGAUCACGGACCAUUAAUGGCUCGUAGCUACCGCUUCAUAUCUAAUGUAGCAUCAUAAUAAUGACUAUAUGGAUGUCUCUCAUUUUGAGCUGUGACUCUGGGUUAUUUGAGAACACACUCAGUUUACCUCCAACGUCUUUUUAGAUUGAUAACAGCAGUAAAAUAAAAAGCAGGGGUGGGCAAUACAGACUUAAAGUUUUAUCACCAUAUUUUGUACAAUUGUUUUUAAUUAAUUUUUUUUUCUUAAUUAAAAUGACAAUAAUAACUAUAUAUUACUUCAGUUUAACUUAAUAGCUGGGACUGCAUGACAGAGCAAUUGUAGCUUCACAAACACAAAUACUGCUCUUGAAGAACGCCGGUCACAUAAAGGUCACAGCAACUGCAUUUAACCAUAUUUUCAAUUUGAUUAAUGUUUAUUGAUCUGGACAAUAAGGACAGUUUGUUUUUUUAAGAAUCAAUCAUUUUAAUUUAUCAUGACAGCGAUAAAUCAAAAUCCUUAUUAUGAAAAGAAAUUCAUCAAGAGAAUGAUAAAUGAUACGAUAAAUUCCCACCUCUAUUGCAGAUUUGCACUGUCCUGUUCUUAUUGAAAAAAAUUCCUUACUGUUUGAAUCAAAAACUAGUUUUAAUCUAUCUUUCACUGAACAAUUUCAUAUUUUAAUUGGGGAGACAUUUUGUGUCUCGCAAUUAGGGCUCACAAUAAUGAGUUAUAUCCACAACAGUAACUCUGUGCUUUACGCCAUGCAUCCAGUGUGAGAACCUUCAGAGUAUUUAGAGACUCAUGACUUGACUUGAACUUGGAAAAAUGACUUGUGAACAUCUCUGCUUUAAUAAAAGGAACGAGUAUUUUGUUUAGCAAUGAAGAGACUUAAACCCCCCCCCCCACCACAGGGCUCUUGAUUAAAGAAAAGUCUUAAAUUUUCCUGCCAUAGAAAGAUGAUGUCAUAAUUCUAGUUUUAUAUUUAAAAAGCCUUAAAGAAGUUUGACCAAGCACAUCAGAUAAGUGACUAUUUUACAAGACGAGAAUAAUACAAUAUUUUAUUACCUGACAUUGGAGUGAGGCGGUGAACACUCCGAUAAAUAAAAAACUUUAUGUUGCUAGUUGAACUAAAAUGGAUGUAGCUUGUAAAAUAUAUGUAGCAGGUUAUUAAGGUCUGCAGAAGUUUUUAUCUUCCAGCGACUGAAGGUGUUGUUGUAGUCCUGACUGAAGUCAUUCUCUUCCAGUAUUGUUUGACUAAACCAAAUGAGUGUAACGUUGAAUGUAUUUUUUUUUAAAUUUAGUCUCUUUCUUAUUGUAUGUUGUUGUGUAAUUUUUAUUUUUAAUUUUUUUGUGAAGAUUCUGUUUUCAUUUGUCUUCCCUUCAAAUGCGUGUUUUUACUUUCAGAGAAUAAAACCUUGU